UGGCUUGCGAGUGUUCUUCAAGAGCGAUGGCAGAGAGGUUUUCAUGGUACUGCGCAAUGCUGGGGACGCUGAUGCUCAUGCUGAGUUCCUGCGAGCUAUUAACCAGCACAAGUAUUAUUAUUGAUCAUCAUCAUCAGAACUACAAGAGGGGGUGUGAUGAAAUAUACGUGGUUCGUGAGGGAGAGACGCUGCAAACAAUUGGUGAGAAAUGCGGAGACCCUUAUAUUGUUGAAGAGAACCCGCAUAUUCAUGACCCUGAUGAUGUUUUCCCUGGCCUCGUUAUCAAGAUUAAUCCUUUCGCUGCUACUCAUCAUAAGGAUCAUUAUUAUUGAUCACAAGGCAAACAAGUAAUAAUUAAUGUAGUAAUAUGCUCUCGGCAGCAAUUCAUCGAGAGUAGUUCACUUUGAGUUUUGUUAAUGACAUGAGUUGUCCUAAA